AGAAAAUUCUGAACAAGUAAAGUUCAACUUUACAUACAUGUAAAGUUCAUAAUUCUAGAAUUCUUAAUUCUACAGAUAAUAGCAAUGUUUGAACUUUACAUUUUGUAAUUGUAAUCGCGCACGUCUGCCAAAAGGUGCAUGGGCCCAAACCAACUUGGGGUUUUUCACUGUUGACUAUUCCCUACAUGAUGAAAAUAGUCUGAGUCGAAAAGCUUUUAAUCAUCUCGAGAGGUUCCCUCGUGAGAAUAGUUCUAAGGUCUAGUAAAUACCUAGAAAUAUUUCCCAGUUCAUUCUGUAAGAAUAAUGCUCUCAGUUAAUAUUUUAAGUCAGAAUUCAUAUUAAGUAAACUUGAAAGUUAUCCAUUUGGUUUAAUCGUUACCCGUUACAGUCACGGUUACCAGAGUUACCAGAGUAACGGCGGUAACGGUCUACCCCAUACUAGAGAUACCCAAAGUUAAUCUAAGAAUUUGACAAUAUGAUCAUCUUUAUCCUUGUUUUCUUUUCCUCGAAAGGAAGAAAAGCAUACAUUGAUGUCUUGCUUACGAGGAUACGUACAUUAACAAUUCUAUUGUUCUACUCUAGGACAAUAUCCUACAGAAAAAAGUCGGAACAGAAAUUCUUCUUUCAAGUUCAAUUAGUCUGGAGAAAAAUGCAUAAUUUUGUGUACGUGUACUUUUUCUUGACUCUUGUUUAUAGGUCAUAUGAAAAUAGUUAAAUAUUUAAUAGAAGACGAGUGUGCGGAUGUUAAUUCAUUUGAUAAUAAACGUGUUACACCCAUUUAUUUGGCAUGUGAAAACGGAUGUUUACCAGUUGUUAAAUACUUAUUAGAUUACACAAAUGCUGAUGCAACUAUUCGUAAUGCAAGAAGUUAUAAUUGCUUAGAUAUAUCAAUAGAAAAUCAUCAUGAACCUAUUGUUGAAAAAUUACUAUUAUCUGAUUAUAAGCAUUGGGAAGAAUUAAUGAAAAAUGCACAAUUUGAUCAACGUAAUGUACCAAUAACACCGAUGAGAAGAUUAAUUAUAUAUAUGCCCGAUAUUGCUGUAAGACUAAUUGAUAAUAAAUUGACCAAAAGAAUUGGUGGCAAUAAUGAACAAACAAUGUAUAGUGUUACGUAUGAUUAUAAAUAUUUUGAAGAUCAAUAUUUAAUUUUGGAUUGGAUACAUGGUAAGGUGCGCUUAAUUCAAAAAUCAAGCACUAUUUUAUUUUUAGCUUCUUUAUAUAUGAUUCGAUAG